CGUCAGCAACAUCACGUACUUCAACAUGGCUGCGCUCGUGUCCUUGUUAUUACGACCGAGAGCUGGUCUUCUUACAUCAUAUCAAACACCAGCAGUGGUAGUAUCUACAAGAUUCGCCUCUAAGAAAGCUGGAGGGAGCAGUAAAAACCUGGGAGGGAAAAGUCCUGGGCACAGAUAUGGAUUCAAGAAACAAGACGGAGACUUUGUUCAUGCUGGCAAUAUCCUGGCAACACAGCGGGUAACACGGUGGCAUCCAGGAGCUCAUGUUGGCAUUGGAACAAAUAACACGCUGUAUGCACUGGAAGACGGCACUGUCAGGUUCACCAAGGAGGUCUAUAUUCCUCGCCCACACAGUCCUGAAGCCAGGAAUCUGAUCCCAAAGCUUCCAAAAGGAGCUGUUCUCUACAAGACCUUCAUCAACAUCGUUCCCACAAAGCAGGAAAACAAUUUCAAACUAGUAGACAUGGUUUGAAAGAGACUUACUGCACAGCUCCCCUGAACUGUGCAUGGAUGUUUUGUGGACUUUCAGGAUUGUUUUGAUGUGUGUUCAAUACCUCACCAUUGAUAAAACAGCAAAUACCUUUUUUUCCACUCUUGUGAAUAAAUGUGCUACUCAAACCUUGUA